AUGUUAUCUACUGUGGCCAGCUUAUCAAACUGGUUAGGGGGACAACCGAGCGCUUCGCAACCCGAGUCACACCAUGAAAAAGUCAAGGCGCACGCCACAAGUCAGCCAAACAACAACACUUUGGCACCCCUAGGGGGCGGAGUUGCGAGGCACGCAACGAGAUCUCGUACUCGGACCCGUUCCAAAAGGCAUUCACGUUCUCGCGAAGCGUCUCUGGAAGGAGCGACACCGCCGGGGUGGUCUCGAUAUACCUCGAAAGACUAUCCCCUAUCUCUGCAAAAUUUAGAACAGAGAGGAUACCACACCUUCUUCUGCCUUCGGGUUCCCUUCCAUGUAAAGAAGCGCUAUUCAUUUGUGCGAGAGCUAGGUAUAGGAUCGUAUGGCUGUGUGGCACUCGCGUACGACAAUGAUACGGGUCAAUAUGUGGCAAUCAAACGCAUCUCCAACUUUUUCGAUCGUGAAAUCUUAACCAGGCGCACAUUGAGAGAAGUGGUAAUGCUUCAUCAUUUAAAGGACUGUUCCAAUGUCAUUGACGUUUUAGAGUUUGACGUGUCGUUCAUCGAGUUUAACGAAGUAUAUCUGAUCCUCGGUGCCUGUGAUGCAGACCUAUCUCAGAUUAUCAACUCAAGGCAGGCACUUUCCGAAGCUCAUAUCAAAUAUUUUAUGGUACAGCUCAUUCGCGCUGUAUACUAUAUGCACUCAGCUCACAUUAUUCAUCGUGACAUCAAGCCGGGUAACUUACUUGUCAAUGCCAAUUGUUAUCUGCAAGUCUGUGAUUUUGGUAUGUCUCGAGCCUUUGAGACAGACGAUAAUGACUAUUUAUCCAAGCACAAGAGCUCAAGCGGGAAGGAGCAGGAUUUGAGUGUGUCUGUAUGCCAGGAUUCAGCGCAUCGCGUUCGAUUUCCAGGCGGCCCUCUUACAGACUAUGUCUCCACCCGAUGGUACAGGGCACCUGAAGUGAUGUUAGGCUAUCAAGGUGGCUAUGGCCCUGCUCUCGAUAUAUGGAGCGUGGGGUGCAUUCUGGCGGAGCUCUUGGGCGGUGAGCCUUUGUUUCCAGGCACAGACUAUGUUGAUCAACUUAGUCAAAUUUACCAUGUUCUUGGGACGCCAUCGGAAAAUGUGAUAAAUAAAAUUCGAUCCAAACGUGCCAAAGACCACUUGCAGUCCCUACCUACGGAAAAGUCUUCUUCGUUCUCCGAGCUAUUUCCGUCUGCGCCUAAACAAGCGAUUGACCUCCUAUCCAAACUUCUUCAUUGGGAUCCACAGGAGCGUAUCACUGCUGGUGAAGCUCUGGCGCAUCCAUGGUUUGAACGGUAUCGGAACGUCUCCUUUUCUGCUCAGCAAGCGCCGGUAUUUCAUCGCUUCCGCGAGGUGGAAUUGAUCCAUGCUCCGUCUGAUUUUAAGCGGGCUUUGGAAUGGGAAAGCAAAUCUAUUGGAUAUAGUUCCUUGUCGCAUCAAGGUACGACUGCGCAACAACUGGAUCACAAGAAAUCGUCCUCUGUUCAUUCAACAGGGAGGUCUGACACACCUGAUCUUGACCGACAUUCGACUUAUACGGAGGGUGACUCCUCUCCCCCCUCUUCGAAUAGUCCCGGCCCAAUGGUAAGCCCACAUUCUUCCGGAACAAUGGCAUCUGUGAGAGAGACGGUAGACACCAAUCCGCCUACAUUUGGAAGUCAUCGCUUAAGGGAGCAACCUUCACCAAGUGAAGAUCGGGAGCAAAAGGUGCCUCGUCGGACAGACAAUCACGAGUUUUCAUUGCUGAAGACAGCCAAAAGUUUGCUUCAUUGGUAA